CUAACAUGAAGGACAUGGAGAGACUCAACAAGAUCUUACCUGUAGAUUGGAGAGGAGCCUGGAUUGGUCUGUAUUAUCAAACAGAUGGUACCAGAAAGUGGCACUGGUCUCUGCCUGGAGUGGAGUUCAAUGAAAGUGAGACAAACUGGAACAAAGGAGAACCAAAUGACAAAACUGGGUGGCAGAACUGUGGAUGCAUAUGGAAGAACCUGAAGUGGGGAGACCUGUCCUGUAAUGAUGCUGAAUAUUUUCUCUGCUAUAAUGACAGUAAUUCAUCCAAGAAAUAUCACUUGAUUCAAGAAAAGAAAAAGUGGACAGAAGCUCAGAGUUUCUGCAGAGAGAAACACACAGACCUGAUCAGUGGAACGAAGCAACUAGAGGAUGAAGAAGUGAAGAAAGAAAUAAGCCAUGUAGGAGAUGAUACAUACAUUUUUACUGGCCUGUUCAGAGAGAAAUGGAGGUGGUCAGAUGGAAGCAGUUCCUCCUUCAGACACUGGAUGACAGAUAAAGUGAUCCUGAUCAAAGAAAACAAAACCUGGGAGGACGCCUUGACCUACUGCAGAGAUCAUCAUGAUGACCUGGUCAUCAUCACCAACAUGGAGGAACAGAGAUGGAUCCAGGAGAAAGUCAAGAACGCAUCGACUGAUUAUGUCUGGUUGGGUUUGCGCUUCCACUGCUUGAAGAACGUCUGGUUCUGGGUCUGUAAGGAGAGGACCAGCUAUAAGAACCCGACCUCAGCAGGAUUGAAGGACUGUAACACGUCUGGAGCCAUGCAGGCUGGAGGAGAACAUAGAUGGUUCCAAAGAAACGACACAGAGAAACUGAACUUCAUCUGUUCUAAGGUUUAA